GCCCGGGGAAACGGGUGGGGGGUGAAGAAGGGGCCGGCCUUCGAGCGACAGCGACGCAAGAUGGCAGCCACCACGGGCUCGGGAGUAAAAGUCCCUCGCAAUUUUCGACUGUUGGAAGAACUGGAAGAAGGCCAGAAAGGAGUAGGAGAUGGCACAGUUAGCUGGGGUCUAGAAGAUGACGAAGACAUGACACUUACAAGAUGGACAGGGAUGAUAAUUGGGCCUCCAAGAACAAUUUAUGAAAACCGAAUAUACAGCCUUAAAAUAGAAUGUGGACCUAAAUACCCAGAAGCACCCCCCUUUGUAAGAUUUGUAACAAAAAUUAAUAUGAAUGGAGUUAAUAGUUCUAAUGGAGUGGUGGACCCAAGAGCCAUAUCAGUGCUAGCAAAGUGGCAGAAUUCAUAUAGCAUCAAAGUCGUCCUGCAAGAGCUCCGGCGCCUAAUGAUGUCUAAAGAAAACAUGAAACUCCCUCAGCCGCCCGAAGGACAGUGUUACAGCAAUUAAUCAAAAAGAAAAACCACAGG